UUGUCCCUUUCUCCUUUCAGUUCUCUCUCUUUUUCUCUCUCUCUCUCUUUCUUCUGUGGCAUGUGAUGGGCUCUCUUUUCCACAGUUCAGCUCACUGGACCAAAUCAUUUCAAUCCAGAAAAGGAACCCAAAUUAUUCUUUCUUUGUGAACAUUUCGGAUACAUUUUUGAAGUUGUUCUGCUAUAAACCUGUUAAGACUUUUCCACCAUUUCAACAAUUUUUUCUAGUGUACUGGUGUGUUUAUAUCUUUUUCAUUGUUUGAGUGUGUGUAACCUGUGGAAAGGAGGGUAAAAGCAUGGACCUUGUCUGGAUAACAGUGGCUCUUUUUCUCUUUUAUAAGUGUGUGGAGUGCUCAAGAACUGCAAAAGAAUGGACAUACACAGGUGCUGUGGGACAGCCAGAAUGGGCUGAGUUUUUUCCUGACUGUGGUGGUUCUAGUCAGUCACCCAUAAACGUGGACACAUCGCAAACACUGUAUGAUCCAACACUAAUCCCUGUGCAGCCCCUGGGAUACAACCAGCAUGGGAAGAGGCCAUUCAUACUUUACAAUAAUGGCCAUACAGUGCAGAUGACAUUGCCGCAUUGGAUGGGCGUGGCUGGAUUGCCAUGGCAUUAUAGUGCUGUACAGCUGCACCUGCACUGGGGUAGCGAAGUGAGCAUGGCUACAGGAAGUGAACACACCAUUAAUGGACAGAGCACUGCAGCAGAGCUCCAUAUUGUCCAUUACAACACAGAGAUGUAUGCUAAUAUGUCAGAAGCUAAGACCCAGGAGAAUGGCCUGGCUGUGUUGGCAAUCCUAAUUGAGGCAGGCAAGGAGGUUAAUCAGGGAUAUGGUAGUAUUCUUAACUAUCUGGGCAACAUCAGAUAUGCAGGCCAGAAGGUGGAAAUACCUGCAUUUGACAUAGAGUCACUGCUGCCUGAUAACCUUAGCCAAUAUUUCCGCUACAACGGCUCACUCACUACUCCUCCCUGCCACCAGAGUGUCCUCUGGACCAUCUUCAAUGAAAGAGUUAAAAUCUCUCACUCACAGCUGUUGAAAUUACAGACAGCGUUGUACUCCAGUAAAGCAGAAGGGCCAAAGCCUAUUGCUCUCCAGGAUAACUACCGCACCACUCAGCCACUUAACCGCAGAACUGUCCUGUCCUCUUCCAUUCCUGUCUCAGUUAAAAUUUAUACUGCAGGUGAAAUCGCAGCAAUUGUGAUUGGAUCUCUGUGUGGAUGUACAGGCUUGGCUGUUAUCAUCUGCUUUAUUGUGAAAACGGUUCGCUUAACGUCCAGUUGGGAUGUCCUGCCAAGUAUCCGACCUGCUCCUCAGCCCAGGUCACAAGAUAUGGCAAAAGAACACAAAGAGGAUGCGGCUUUAAAGAUGACCUCUAGCCCAGCAAAACCAGAGGAAGCUGCUCCUCAGCCUGAAUCUUGAUUCUAGACAUUUAAUGUGUAUCUUGGCAUUUUUGUUUUGUGAAAGAAAAUAUAGAGUAGGCUAAAGGCACCCCGAGGUAAAAGGCACCCUUGAUAUUAUUUUUCUGUAAACCACUAGAUGGCACAAAAACGUGGUGUAGCACUUUCCACAACAUUUGCUUUUCAAGAUGCACAUGCAAAUUUGUCUGAUCCUUGACACGACCACGUGCAGCAGUGCAAAGUUGAUUCUGUGCUUAUUUGAUCUAAUAUUUGAUGUUCUUCUCAUGUCUCAGCAGUGUUGGGGAAAGUUACUUUUAAAAGUAAUGCAAUACAGUAUUGCAUUACUCCCUAAAAAAGUAACUAAUUAUGUAACUUUUUAUGAAAAGUAAUGUGUUACGUUACUUUUGCAUUACUUUUUAAAUCUGGGCUGGACUUGCUUGUUUGUUCUUAAUAUAAAAAGUUCUGUUUUGGCAAAUGUAAAAGCCCUUUCACACCAAAAGCCUCAGGCUGAAGGAAAAGUAAAUUCACGUUUGUACAGCUGAAUGCAGAAGAAGAAAGUUCAACACUCUUCAGCAAUAAAAAAAAUAACAAAAGUUUAUCUUGAAUAAUUUUUAUUAGUAUGGUUAAACUGGAUCAUUAAAGGUCAGCAGCAAAGACACUGGUUAAUAAAAUAAAGGAUAUUUGUAUUAUUUAACAUUUAAUUAUUGCAGAUUUGUGUCAUAUUCUAAUGUGAAUUUCACAGUUUUUUAUUCAUUUUGAGGAAUACUGAAUCAGUUUUUUUGUGAGUGAGAAAAUAAUUAAUGCAUGUUCACAGUUAUUCUAGAACUAAAGUAACAUCUUACUCCCGAUUUCUCUCAACAUGGGGACAGAAGAGCUUUCAGUUAAUAAAUGGGGAAAAAAGUAACUCACGAUACUUAUUUGAAAAAGUAACUCAGAUAUUUUCUUGUAAAUUGAAGAUUAAUGCAUUACUUUACUAGUUACUUGAAAAAAAGUAAUCUGAUUACGUAACUCGCGUUACUUGUAAUGUGUUACCCCCAACACAGUUUCUCAGUAAAAGAUAAAGUAAUUUUGAUACUACAUCAUGGUUUAGCUAAGUUUGGCUGUUCUGUUUGGCUCUCAUUGUGUGUGUGUACUUUUAUGGAGAAAUACUUUCUCAUGUUUUGCAUUCUCUUCACUACAUCUAUAUCACUUAGCCUUUCUGAAAAUUACCUCUUUUUACUGUGAGUUUUACUUGUACAUACUACACCUCUUAUGACUGUGAGUUUUACUUGUACAUACUAUAAAUUAAUUUGUAAAUUACUGAAAUCAUAUCAUGAUUCUUGUGGUGAAAUGUUUGUGAUUUUACUACUGUAGGCAGAUAUAUGGAAUGUUGUUCAAAAGGUAGGCUGAAAAAAAAAAGAGUAAAUCACACAGUUUUCCCAGUCAUAUUAUU